AUUCAGUUGAAGCGCAGCCGCAGAUCAUGUCGACGUUACGUACGUAGUGACGCAGGACGCAAAACGUACGUAUUGCACGUUUGGGUCAAGAGGCGCCGUUGGAACUUCGAAGAGGCCUGCUAAGUUGUUACUACUGGCACUCAAGUCGAAGUGAUCCAGCAUGUAUCGUCACAAACCGACUCUGAAGGACCGACAGCACCUGUACAAGCUUAUCAUCAGCCAGCUGCUCUAUGAUGGAUACACCAACAUUGCCAACAGUCUCAUCAAUGAGGUGAAACCACAAAACGUGGUGUCGCCCUCUGAGCAGCUGAUGCAGCUGGCAAAGAUAGGGAUGGAGAACGACGACAGCGCCGUUCAGUAUGCUAUUGGACGCUCUGACACAGUGGCACCCGGUGUUGGCAUCGAUCUGGAGUUUGAUGCAGAUGUCCAGACUAUGUCUCCAGAAGCAUCAGAGUAUGAGACCUGCUAUGUUACGUCUCACAAGGGUCCAUGCCGUGUUGCCACAUACAGUCGGGAUGGGCAGCUGAUUGCCACCGGCUCUGCUGACGCCUCCAUCAAGAUCCUGGAUACUGAGCGGAUGCUGGCCAAAAGUGCGAUGCCCAUUGAGGUGAUGAUGAAUGAGACAGCGCAGCAAAACAUGGAGAACCACCCUGUGAUUCGGACACUGUACGACCACGUUGAUGAAGUCACCUGCCUCGCCUUCCAUCCCACUGAACAGAUUUUAGCAUCCGGCUCAAGAGAUUACACCCUCAAACUAUUUGACUACUCAAAGCCUUCUGCAAAAAGAGCAUUUAAAUAUAUACAGGAAGCAGAAAUGCUGCGGUCAAUCUCCUUCCACCCGUCUGGUGACUUCCUGCUGGUGGGGACGCAGCACCCCACGCUGCGCCUCUACGACGUCAACACCUUCCAGUGCUUCGUGUCCUGCAACCCGCUGGACCAGCAUACAGACACCAUCAGUGGCGUCAGCUAUAACCCCACAGCCAACAGUUACGUCACCUGUAGCAAGGACGGCAGCAUCAAACUGUGGGAUGGCAUCUCUAACCGCUGCGUGACCACCUUUGACAAGGCCCACGACGGAGCCGAGGUCUGUUCUGCCAUCUUCUCCAAAAACUCCAAAUACAUCCUGUCCAGCGGCAAAGACUCCGUGGUCAAGCUGUGGGAGAUCUCUACUGGCCGAACGCUGGUCAAGUACACAGGCGCCGGGCUGAGCGGCCGUCAGAUGCAUCGUACGCAGGGCGUCUUCAACCACACUGAGGACUACGUGCUGCUGCCCGACGAGCGAACCAUCAGCCUCUGCUGCUGGGACUCCCGCACGGCCGAGAGGAAAAACUUGCUUUCUCUCGGCCACAACAACAUUGUCCGCUGCAUCGUCCACUCGCCCACCAACCCCGGCUUCAUGACCUGCAGCGACGACUUCAGGGCCCGAUUCUGGUACCGCCGCACCACCACAGACUGAGUUUCCACUAAACAGGAUGCUGUCUGCCAUGACCUCAGCUACUUGUCACUGUCUGAUCUGUGGCGUUUUUCAUUUGUAUUUUGUUUGAAACCGGGGCAGUGGAAUUUUUGGUACAGUACUGAUAAACACGAAGAGUUGUCAUUGCAAAAUCAAAAGAGUAAAAAGUGAUGGGGCUCUGUUCCUCUUUGUGAAUGAUACUCUGUUUUGUCUUGCUUAAGUAGCAGUCUGACCUAUAAAGCUCUUUUCACUGCUUAUAAACUUGAGUUGUAACGCUCUGAUCUCACAUUUCUCAACUGUAAUCGACCGCAAAGUUGUUUUGUUGUCUUUUCCACUUUUAUAUUUUGUCUACACCCGUUGUUGUAAUUCAGAUUUUUAUUAAACAGUGAAAAGGAA